GUUUCAGUGAAAACGAGUUCCAGGAAAAUGUAAAUACUCUCUACAUAAUCUACAUUAUUCUGUCAGACGGUGAAAUUGCUGGUAUACCACAUAAACGUGGUGACACCCUCUAGUACUCUACCGGUAAAUAAUUUAUAUUUCCAAUUCUAACGUCGUGAAGAUACUGGCCACUAACAUGGCAUCACAUACAGAAAAUUGGAAAUUAAUGGCGACCAUGUACUCGACACCAAGCAAGAAUUCGGAUGUUCUCAUUGUAGUGGACGGACGGAAGCUGUAUUUCUACAAACAGUUACUGUGUCUGGUGUCACCUGUGUUUAAAUCGAUGUUGUGUUCAGAUUUCAAAGAAAAGAAAACUCAGACAAUCAAUCUGGAGGGAAAACGGUUUACAGACAUCGUCCUGUUACUAGCGUGGAUUGAUCCGGCAGUUACAUUUAAAAUUGAUGAAUACAGAGCAAAUACUCUCCUACCUCUGGCAGACGAGUAUGACAUCACCAAUCUUAGACAAACGUGUGAACAAGUCCUUUGCGUCUGUUUGGCAAAAGGUAGCCUAAACGUCGUCAUCCGGUACUUGCAGCUUGCUGAACAAUUUAACUUGAAGAAUCUUAUCGAGAAAGCUUUGACUAGAGCAGCAGAACUGAACAUAAAGCAUGAAGAUGCUGUUGAUAAGACACACACAGUUAUAGAAGAUUCAACGUUGAUAACAAUUUUGGAAAAACGUGCGAAAAUUAGAGAACAACUAUAUGGGUUUAGGAGGCAUCCUACUCAAUUGAAACCCGACGAACCACCGAGUGAAUGUACAGAAGCUGUUGAAGAGUCCAAGUAUUCCGCUGCCACUGAUCUCACAGAUGUAACUAUUAUCGUGGACGAGAAGCGACUUUACUUCUUCAGUGACAUACUUCGUCGAGCUUCGUCACGGUUCGCAGACAAGCUGGACGAAAUCAGUGAACUUGGAGAAAUAUCACUGGAUGUUGGAAGUUAUAAUGAAAUAUCAACAAUAUUGGAAUUCUUGGAUCCUACAAACGAAGAUAAAUCUUUUGUCAACGUGAAAACUAAACUUCCACUAUUCUGGCUGUCACUCGAGUAUGACAUCACAGUUUUACACGAAGCUUGCGAAAAUUACCUAAUGACAAAUAUUUCACAGCUUAACGAACACGACCUGACUCGGUGUAUUCUACUGGCCAACAGAGGGCAGUGCUCAGAGUUGAUGAAAACAGCCAUGAGAGAAACAAGAAAAUAUCAGAUAUCGGCGAUAGCAGCGACGGAGUCGUACAAACAACUGGAUACAGAUACUCGUAUUCAGCUGUUGAAAUUCUUUUUACAAGAAAUUAAUUGACAGCUGAGGUAUUCAGAUGAAACAUACACAAUUCAGUGUUUUGAACCAAGUGAAGGAGGAAAAGGUAAAAGUAGCAGCAUGUAAAAUUAUGUAUUAACAUUUAGUAUGUUCGAGUAGAAUUCGUUAUACAUGUGUGUAUAUCAGACGUUUAUGAACGUAGCUACUUAUACACAAAUGCACUCAAAUAUUAUUUGUACAACUUUGUUCUUGUGUUUUUAUUUUAUGAUAAUUUCAGUGUAAAAUUUCCAGUGGCAGUGAGAGAGUGAGCGUGUCCCCAUAUCCUGUAGGUAUGCGCCAUACAUUGUGCUACGCCGUGGUGUUGUCUACGUAUAUCAGUCGAUAAACAAAAUAUACAAUAGUUUAAAUGUUUAGCUGUAGUUUGUUCUUUCUUUAAAACAAUGUCCCAGCCAUUGACGUUAUGUCUUUUUAAAAACUGAUUACAUAUUCCAAUGUACUCUAUUUAACACAAUUUUGGUGUAACCUUUUGAAUACUUUUAUGAUUUCUGUUUAAUUUUUGUUAGUUUUUAUUGAUACAUGUAAAUGUAUUUAUUUGGAUGUAAUAAUUUGUGGGCAUGUAACUAAUAUUACAUGUAUAUGUAUAAUCUUUA